CAUAACUCAACAACAACAACAACAACAUUCUCCCCUUCAGUUAAAUAAUCCAAUUCCUCCCUCACAACCUCAACCUCCAUCCGAUAGUCAAUCUCAAUCACAACACCAAUCCCAGUUACAAUCAAGCCCUCCAGUUCCUCAUAAUCCAGAAUUAUAUCAACGUCAUCAAUUACCUCCUCCAGGUCAUUUGCAACCAUUUCAUAUUAAUGGAUCUUCACCACCUAGUAUACAACAAAUGCACCUUCUGCCACAGUUACAACAACAACAACCUCAACCUCAACAACAACCUCCUAAAAGAGAAUCUGUUUCAAAACCAGAUUCAGAUUCAACCAGAGCUUCACAAUCAGGUAUGGAAAUAAGUGUCAUUGAUACAGGUAAAUCUGCUAGUCCUACUGAUAAUAAAGUAUAUAGUUUGAGAGAACCAACACCACCAAGUAUACCAUUAACUCUUGCUGACAGAAUUCAAAUCUUAACUUCAAUGAUUCCAGGUGAUAUUGAAGAAUAUUCGGCUCAUUUACAUAAAAUUGCCGUAUUAUUAUAUGCUGAUGAAUUUGAAGAAGAUCCAAAAUUGGAAUUGGAAUUAAGAGAAAAAUUCUAUAGUCUAAUGGAUUAUUUACCAAAGUAUGUUAAUCAUCAAGAUCCAAUUCAUUCUAAACUUUAUUUAUUGGUGGAAGGUAAUUUCGAUAUAUUUAUAAAACUUUCAACUAACCAUGCUAAUGUUGAUAUUUCAACUAAAACUAUUCGAUUCUUAACUAAUAUCCUUAUGAGUUUGAAUUAUUGGGAAAUUUAUAAUUUAUUAAUUUGGAAACCAGUAAUUUAUCAUUUCCUUUCUGUGAUUCAUUUUGAUAUUAAUGAAUGUUAUAAAAAAUUCAUUCGUGAUUAUUCUUAUUAUGAAUAUAAGAAAUUAUCUCAACCUGAUCCAUUACCAAGACCUCAUAGAUAUAAACGGAAUAGAAGAUCCACUACUAGCACAUUAAUGAAUGGUAUACUUAAUCAAUCUCCUGGUUCAGAUUCAUAUGUUGAUGAAGAAGAAAGUAGUGGAAUUCCCGGUACAACUUCAUUCUUUUCCUUAAAUCCUGAUACUGCUGAUCAUGAUAAAUUUGUUUCUGCAUCAUUAGCAGGUUUAACUCCAAAGGAAAAGAAGAAAAUAAGAGUUGAUGCUAAAUUAGCCGCUCAUAGAAUAAUUAAGAAAACAACCGUUAAUAAACCAUCUAAUAAAUCUUCAAAUUAUGAUCCUGAUGUGGUACAUGAAUGUCAAUUACCUUCUGCUGAUGAACCUCAUAAACUUUGUUUACGUCGUUUCUCCAGAAAAUAUGAAUUAAUAAGACAUCAAGAAACAGUUCAUUCUAAAAAGAAAAAAUUAUUCAAAUGUUAUGUUUGUGUUAAACAACAUCCUGGAGUUGGACCAAGAAUUUUCACUCGUCAUGAUACUUUAGCUAAACAUAUUCGGGUCAAUCAUAAGAUUUCUGGUAAGGAAGCUAAAGCUGAAGUUGCUUAUUCUAAGAAACAUGCUGAAGUAGUUGAAGAAGGUGAUAUAACUGUUCAUGUUGGUAGAAGAAAGACCAAAGUUGAUUUUGAAUUAAGAGCUCAUAUGGAGAAGAAGAAGAAUGGUAUGAUUGAUGGUGAUGAAUCAGGUUAUCUUGAUAGUGAUAUUGAUUCAGGUGAUGAAGACGACGAAGAAGAAAUAAGUCUUACAUCUUCUCAACCUCCUCCACCCCCACAACAUCAACAACCACCUCCACCACCUCCACCUCCAAAGAGAGCUGAAUAUACUUUUAUUAAUAAUACCGCUUAAAAUUUAAAUCAAGGCAAGUCCUAUAUAUAUGAUUUUUUACCCUUUUUACUUCAAUUUUUACACAUAUCUACAAAACUAAAAAUAUUUACAUAAUCAAAUUCCUUUUUUUUUGGUAUAUACUUAUCUCUGUUUUCUUUUGUUACAAUUUUAUUUAAUAAUACAUUUUUUCUAUUUAAAUAAG